AUUGCCGCCACCGCCGCCGAGUGAGGAUAAACGGCCGACGCCCGCGACCCGCUCCGCUUAUAGCUGAUAGGCGUUGCGAGCGACGAGUAGGACGACGACGACUACAACGAUACACGCUCUCUUGCUCGCCAUCAUUCGUGCCAACGCUCCGUUGACGUCCACACCUAUUGCGUCGCGCCGACCGAUACGCCGUCUCCUCAGUACAACGCACUCGUGGCCUAGUCCUAAGUCUCGUAAAAUUCGUCAUCUCCUCACGUGCUCCGCUCGAGAUUUUUAGAGAUGAACUUGCCGCCACCGCCACCAUAUCCGAUGAACCCACGUGGCCGCUGCCGCUCCAUUAGACGUUUCUGCCCGAGUGCCGGUCCAGAUAAAGGAAAGAGCCUGCUAACCACGAUUCCAGAGUACAUAGUUAACAAACAGAGUGAUGAAUAUCAGACAUUUGCUUGGACAAUAUUACAACAGUCAAUUUCUAAUUUAAUACAACAAGUAACUUCAGAAGACAAGGCCAGGGAAAUUGCAAAAAAAAUUUUACGUUUAAAUAUAAUGCGUGGUAAAGGCUUAAUUUGCAAGUAUAUUAUGGCUAUUCAGUUAUCUUCGACCGAUAAAACUCACAUCUACGCUUUGUUUAUUUCUCUUAUCUAUCUUGAGUUUCCAGACGUUGGAGGGUUACUCUUGGUACGUUGUCUUGAGCAGUUCAGAUUUACAAAUGAAACAAAAGAAAAAUGUGAUUAUUUAACAGCAACUCUAUUUAUGUCAUACUUGAUUAUUUACGAAGUAGUUUCACCGCUAAUGGCUGUUAAAUUAUUAACGAUGUUCGUCAAGAUACCGACACAGGAUUCAAUUGAAGCAGCAUUUGUGAUUCUAAAUACAUGUGGACAUAAAAUGAAUAAGGAACAUAAAAAUGAACUCAUAAGCCUUAUAAAUUUAGGGUACAAUACUCCGGUGUACAACAUGCAGUUUGCUAUAAAGAUUCGACGUAUGAUAAAAAUAAUAUUGGACACUAUUUCGCUUAAACAUGUAUUAAAAUUCAAAAAGCAAACAAAAAAAUUCAGAACGCCUUUUAAUAUUCCUUUGAUAAAUAAUAUUGAUCCAGAGUAUAAUUUGGACUAUUACUAUUAUGACCCCAAUUAUGCGUCUACUGAAGAACUGUACGAAUUAUUUCGUACACAAGUUCUAGAAUCUGAUGAUAAAGAUGAAUACAUAUUAAUGUAUGAUCCUGAAACCUACGGUAAAAAAAACAAGAAGAAAAAUAGAUUUGUGAUUAAGUACUCGGGAAAUCCAAAAAUAGAUAAACACUCGAAAUCAUUAAAAGAAUUACUAAAAAUCAUACUGGACUCAUCAACAUUUAAGUAUGAAAAUUGUGCUUCGCAAUUGAUGCAAGUUAAAUUGAAACCUGGCCAAGAAAUGGAAAUUUGCGUUUUGUUUUUUGAACUUUGCUUUGAGCGUAAUUCAUAUAGUGAGCAUCUUGGACAUAUUACACAAAUAUUUUGUCAGCUAAACAGAUUUUUAAUUGGACCACUUGAGAAAUUGUUUGUUGACACCUACAAUAUUGUCAACAGUUUCGACACGAUAAAAUUACAUAAUAUUGCAAAAUAUUUUGCUCAACUUCUGUACAGUGAUGUAAUUUCUUGGAAGGUUUUGUCAGCUAUACAACUGGAUGAAGUUGAAACAACAGCUUCUACUGCUGAUUUUGUCAAGCAUUUGUUUCUCGAGUUGUACGAACAUAUGGGACAAAAACAAUUGAAUGAACGCAUUGAGGAUCCUUCUUUAAAAAAUGCGUUUGAAGGAAUUUUUUUUGGAAAUAAACAUUACAACCCAAACUUUUCCAUUGAAUUGUUUUCAUCUAUUGGUUUGGUUGGCUUGAUUGAUACAUUCGAAAACUCAUUAAUUUUCUAAUCCAAUUAAUAAUUUUGAGUGGCUACAAUCGUUGACAUUGGGUAUUUACAUAUUGGCUGCAAAAAUUACGUACAACGAUUCAACUUCAUCUAUUCACUUGUUAAAAUGUAACUGAAGUUUUUUUUAUGAUAUAAUUAACUUUUAUAGUACAAAAUAUAUUUACUUAAUUUUAAA